UCUUGUUUAGAUAAAAACCUUCAGAGGUUUUCCUCCCUGAAGUUUUGAUGAAUCAUGUUUUCACAUCUUACUGUAAGCAUUGUAAUAAACACAUAGCCACCGUUUACAGUAGAAUCUGAAAAGUGUGGCAUGGAUUUGUACCUAAACCAUCCCAUAAUAUCAGGCCGGUUUUCCAGUCAGCAUGAUGCUGCCACUACCUGCAGGCAAGUUUCCAGCAGCUCCUGUAGCCGGUCCGGUCUCAUAUCGGUCCCGGUCUCAUAUCGGUCCCGGUCUCAUAUCGGUCCGGUCUCCAAACAGGAUGAUAAAGACUCAGAUCGGUUGAUUAUUUUGCUAUCAAUGUUUAUAUAAAGACUUUCCAGCAUGCCUGGAUUUUUGUAAUGCAGUCAAAAGAUGUGAACAUUAGCCACACCUGGAAUUUGUUUUAAUCCAAAGGAAAACUAAAAAUCACAUCGAGCUGAUAUUAUAUAGUUCUGGUGUUUCAUAUUGUCAGCAGAAAAGUGCAGAAAGCUGAGCAGCUGCUUCGUUUCUCUCUUCUUUGUCCUUCAGAGCAGCUCUGCUAGCAGUUAGGGUCAGGCGGCAUAGCUCCUGUUAGCUUCCUGUUAGCAUCUCAAAGAGUGUCCAGCUCUGCUCGUCUCAGCACGGCGUUUAUUUUUAGCUCAUUAAGGUAACGAUCACAUGUUAACUUCGUUGGUUCUGCUGGUAUAAAUGGCUCAAAGUGCUGUGGAGAAAAGUCCAGGGUCCAGAUCAGGUCCUUCGUUGUGGUUCCACUCCGGCUCUCGCACUGCGCUCUCCUUUCUGUCAUGUGGGAAAUUAUCCAGAUUCCCUCAAUUUUUAUUUUUAUUUUAUUUUAUCACAACCGAUAGUGACACAGUGUGGGAUUAUCUAAAAUGACAGCAGUCAAACGCAAUAUGGUGAACUACUAUGGUAAAGUCAGCCUUCCUGUGUUUACUCUGUAGACUCCAGUACAGAACGGACCUGAUGACGUCAUCAACCCAUCGGUGAAAAAAUGGUGACCUCCAUGGGUGAAAGAUAUAACAAAAGAUGUCCAUUUUUGAAGUAAAUAUGAGUUUGGGAGUACCACAAACAGGAAUAUUUUACUUUAUUGGAAAUUACAACAUAUUUAGGCCAACAUGUCUCAGCUCUGAUUUAAGGGUACAGCUGUUCCAGGAGUCGAGGUUCUGCUCCAGGGAUCCCUGAAGACUCUGGUAGCAUCAUGCUCUGGAAAGUUCUCUUGAAGGACGAACUGCUGCCAGACCUCAUCGGUCUGUCAGUGCUGUCUUUUCUCUACUACCACCGACUCAGUAAGCAGAAGGGUCAGAGGUCAUCUGGAGACACAGAGUUAAUGCUAUUAGCAUAGAGAGGUACUGUAGUUCUGCCUGAGCUCCAGUAGGGGGAGCAGUGCUGUUGCUUCAGGCCUCAGGUCCGCUUCCAUUCUGCAUGUGAAGCUGAUUUGAGCCGAAGGUCACCUGUUACCACAGAAACAUCAACCUCUGCCCCCUGGUGGCUCGAAGAGGUAUCUGCACAUUUCUAUGAGAUCUGAAGCACAGAAAUGAUCCCAGAUCCAGCUGAUCCAGCUGAUCCAGAUGUUCCUCACGCUCUCACCUGCGGCUAUCUGUCCGUCUCCAGGUGUGGUGGUGCUCAGGAGGUGGAUCGCAGGUGGAGUGUGCCGCUGUUCGGUCCGGCUGGAUGGGAAAACGGUUCUGGUGACCGGAGCGAACACGGGCAUCGGGAAGGAGACCUGCAGAGACCUGGCAGGGAGAGGAGCCCGAGUGGUGAUGGCCUGCAGGGACCUGAGCCGGGCCGAGCGGGCAGCGGAUGAGAUCCGGCAGUUUACCGGAAACGGGAACGUGGUGAUCAGACACCUGGACCUGGCUUCCGUCUACUCUGUCUCACAGUUCGCCAAGGACUUCCUGGACAGUGAAGACAGACUGGACAUCCUGGUCAACAAUGCAGGUGUGAUGAUGUGCCCUAAAUGGAUCACAGAAGAUGGCUUUGAGACUCAGAUAGCCGUCAAUCACCUGGGUCACUUCCUGUUGACCAAUCUGCUGCUGCCAUUGCUGAAGAGCACCACCCCCAGCCGCGUGAUCAGCGUGUCAUCCAUUGCCCACCGGGGAGGGCAGAUCAACUUUGAUGACUUGUUCUUCAGCCGGCGGCCGUACAACGCGCUGGAGAGCUACCGGCAGAGCAAGCUGGCCAACGUCCUCUUCACCCGAGAACUGGCUCGACGUCUCAGAGGUUCUGGCGUGUCAGCCUUCUGUCUUCAUCCUGGGGUGAUCCGGACUGAGCUGGGGCGCCAUGUAGAGGGCUGGUUCCCCCUGCUGGGGGCGCUGCUGAGGCUUCCAGCCCUGCUGCUAAUGAAGACUCCCUGGGAGGGCAGCCAGACCACCGUGUUCUGUGCUGUGACGCCGGGCCUGGAGGAACUUUCAGGCCGAUACUUCAGUGACUGCGCAGAGAAGGAGGCGGCGCCAGAAGGACAGGACGAUGAGGCAGGCCGGAGGCUGUGGGAGGAGAGCGCCCGAUUGGUUGGACUGAAGGACACCUGCUGACCUGUGAGCUGCUGGCUGACACACAACAGGAAGAGACGACAGCAGUGCCCCUCUGCACAGAGCGAGGACACAGGACCGGUGCUAGAACCUUAAGUGGUCCCGUCAAACCCAGUAAAAAAAACUUUCCUCUAGUCUGGUACCAAGUUGGACCAGAGGUCGUUGAACCGGCCCAGAGUGCUGACCGGUUGACAGAAAGAAACCAGAUUAACGUUACUGGUGUUUGUUUUACCAUCCGCAUUGCUUCCUCCAGGACCGUGAUGGCCCGUUCACCCCAGAACCGCCUGGUACCUUCAAGCGGACCACAGUCGGUCCCUUCUGGUGUCUGAGCCUUUGAACUCUAGUCCAGCUGAAAACUCUACUGUAAACCUGUUGCAAGAAACAACUGGACAGGAAGUGAUGUCUGAUGGUAAAACGUGUAACCAUAGCAACAUGUGGUAUCCCGUGGGCAGACCUCUGAGGUUGGCCGGUUUUCACGGUGUCGGACAUCCAACAGACCGACUCUUCAUGGUCCCUCCAGAACCUUCCCUUCGUCUUGUUGCACCUUUUGGUUCCUUUCAUGUUUCUUUGUUCUUCUGUCUGUUUCUCCUUUGAUGUGUUUGAAACAGGAAGACUUUACUGAGCAUGCUCCAACUGAUCGUUGGUAAUAAAGAGAACUUAUCCACCUUGUUUCA